UUUCUUGUUAUCUGAAUUGAAGUUGGGCUUCACGUGCCACACUUAAUUCUCUCCCAAAUCCUAAAAUCCACAAAAGCCAAAAAAAAGACCAAAACCAAAAUGCACACUCACGCUCACACUCAUUCUCUUCUCUCAUCUUCUUCACCAUGAGAAGAAGACGAAAAGGACCCAACAAACCCCACCACCCCCAUUCUCUCUGUCAAUCUCUCAGACUCUGAACCAGAAAACCCAGAAAAGGAAAUACGAAAAUGUGCUAUGUGGGAAAAGCAACAAAGAUCUUCAUUUUCGUAGUCACAGUGCUUGUGGUUCUUGGGCUCGUUUUGGGAUUUGGGGUUUUGCGGCAUGGCCUCCAGAAAACCCACAAAUGCUCCGCCGAUUCAGACUCUUGCCACUCUCUCUCUUCUCCCCCUCUCAUCUUCCCCAACCCCAAUUCCAGUUCGAACCAGCCCAACCCACCAUCCACAGAUCCCACCUUGACCCAGCCCAGCCCACCUACCCCCAAUUUUAACCCACCUCCACCCAACCCGGAUUCAAACCAGCCUCCGCCGACCUCAAUUUCAAGCCCACCUCCUCCGGCGACCCCAAUUCAAACCCCACCUCCUCCGGCGACCCCAAUUCAAACUCCACCUCCUCCGGCGACCCCAAUUCAAACCCCACCUCCGCCAGACCCAACUCUCAAUCCGCCGUCUUCUCCGCCUCCGCCGGCUUCAACGGCUGCGCCGCCGUUCAAUCCACCAAGGCAGGCUCAGGUGACGCCAGGCCCUGCCCAUGCGUAGCUCCAAUUUCGUUCUGCAAAUUCAUUUCCCCACAAUUUUUUUCUUCCCUUUCAAUAUUUUUGAUUCUUAUUAUUGGAUGGGUGGGUAAGUAAUGUUGGGUUCAGAUUGUACAUAAUGUGUUUGUUGAUUUUGUAACGGUGGAUUUGAUUUGGAGAGGAAAGAGAGUAUCUUUGUCAACA